UGUAACUAAACAAUGUAUUUGCUUUGUAGGAUUUGCUAGCACCUCAUUAGCACAGGCAGAACUUGGCAGAAGACCAAAGGGUUCCUUCCAAUCUCUUAGAGACUUCCUGAGAGCACAGAUGGAUGAGCAAGACUCAGCUGGCCCUGGAGCAGGAAGAGGCCAUGCCAUCCAAACUGGGAGCAGUGGGGGAUUCUGGGAAAACUCUGGGCAGAAGAUCCUGGGUGAGGAGGACACCCUCCGCUCAGAGGUGCAGAGCCAGCAGUUGAGGCAGUUCUGCUGCCAGGAGGCCAAAGGACCCCGAGAAGUUUGCAGCCGACUCUACCACUUUUGCCACCAAUGGCUGAAGCCAGAAAGGCACACGAAAGCUGAGAUGCUGGACCUGGUGAUCUUGGAGCAGUUCCUGGCUGUCCUUCCUCCGGAGAUGGAGAGCUGGGUGAGGGACUGUGGAGCGGAGACCAGUUCCCAGGCGGUGGCCCUGGCCGAAGGUUUCCUCCUGAGUCAGGCAGAGGAGAGAAAGCAGGUGAGAGAGACUUUGCUCUGGAUACUCCUAAGGGGCUCCAAACAGGAUGGAGAAAAUCCCAUAAUGCUCUACUGUUGGCGCAUUUUUUUCCUAGGAAGGCAUCCAUGGAAUGAGAUCUAACACCCUUAAAGCUUCUGUCUUUGUCAUUCUCUUUCUAACAUUUCUCGCCAUUCAUUCUCUGUUUUGAAUCCUUGUUGCUCUUUCAGAAAACGGAUCAUUUUGCAGAAAUGGACCUGGAUUCCUGUGAGGCAGAGAGGCCUCCGUUGGACACCAGAGAGAGGCCACUGGGUAAGGAGGAAGGUGGCUUUUCUCCGUUUGGUCUCGUUCUGUUGGUUUUCCAACUAAUCUGUGAGUUCUUUUUUUUGGGGGGGGGGGGGACAGUUGGGAAAAAGGGUCCAAAGGAAGGGAGUAGUAAUUUUGCACAACUAACAUAUGAAAUGGGCACAAACGUCUAACUGCACUCAGCAGGUAAGGCUUUCUGAAAGGCCCAUCUGUAGUUAGAGAUGCCCUGUUUCACCUGUGAGAGACAUGGGCAUUCCUUGCAUCCUGCUUACGUUUUUUCUCUUGCAGGUGACGGAAUGAUGCUGGCAAAACCUCCUGAUCCAUCUUUUCAUGGGGGCAGAAGAGAAACAGCGGCUGUGGAACCAGAUCAGGUCAGGGGAAGCUGCCUUGUGGGGACAGAGGCCGAGGGAUGGAGCAAUGUCAUGGACUGGUUGGGCACAGAGGAAUGGUGGGAGGAAGCAGCCGGGGAACCAGGAAGGGAAGAUGUCUCAGCCCAAGGAGUGGAGGUGGAGGAAGGAUGAGCGGUCAGAGGGAGAAGCCUGGGAAGAGGAGGUGUCAGAAGCUGAAGGGAUAACAGGGCUUAGUGAGCUGGGAGACUCUGAGGCAGAAUGCAGUCCAGAAUCGGAGGCAGAAGAGGAAGGAGGCGAGUGGGAGGAGGAAGGUCGAGAGGCAGAGGUGAGUCAGGAGAAGGAGGAGCCACUGGGGGCUCCCUCUCCUUCUGCCAGAAGCCACCCUCCCUGCUUGUCUCUCAGAGCCAAGAGAGGUCUAACAUGGAGGAGCAAAGGCAGGCUGCACACUGGCGCACUGUUCAAUCGCUUGCCAGAAACCCCAGAGAGGAGGGGACUUGGAAAGCUGUGGGGAGCCAGGGGCCUUCAUUCUCAGCAACUGCUUUUGUGGAGGAAGAGGCUCAGGGAAUGAGCUGCUGUUCUCAAGAGGCCCGAAACUCAGCCAAGUCUGUGAACAUCGUGUUCUUGCUGAUAAAGAGUCAACUCCAACUGUGAACUGUGGGAUUUCCUGCCCAUAUACUGUAAUUUUCACUCUAUAACACGCACAUUUUUUCUCCUAAAAAGUAAGGGGAAAUGUCUGUGCGUGUUAUUGAGCGAAUUUGUGGUCCCUGGAGCCGACUGGCCCGAGUGCAGGAGCAAAUUUCAGGCAAAAUUUAGAUCGCGCGUCGCGGAGGAGGGAAGGGAGGGAAGGCUUCAGAAGCGAGGCUGCUGCUUUCCUGCAUUCUGCCUCAGGGUCUUACUGCCCACCCUCUUCUGUUUUUGGUUCCUGUCUUUGCUCAAACGCAACAAAGAGCAGGGAAAUCCCCUGCCCUCCUGGCAAGCAGAGGGGAAAGGAAAGAAUCGCGUUGUUCCUUCUAAUUCCUUCCUAGUCACACUGUGCGCAGGCUCUAGGAGCUCACCCAACAGCCUCCUCUCCGUGCUGCUGCUGCUGCUUUCAGCAUUCUAGGGACUCGCAGGCAGCCGGAAAAUAUGCAGGGGGGAGGGAGACAGAGAGAGAGGGCUGGCUUGAGUGGGUGGGGGGAAACUUUUGCCUUCCUUUCCUCCCUCCUGUUAAACCCCUCUCCUGCAUUGUUAGCUAGCUGCACACCCCUCUCGUGCUCUUUGUCCCUUCUGUGUUUUUCCUUCCCUCCCCACUUAAAACGUGGUUACAAAGCACGGAUCCACAUGGAUCCUCAGGAUCUUUGCACUCGGUCACCCCAAAUUCACCAUCAGAUCACAUAGCAUGUCCAUGGCUACAGCCUGCACCAAAAAAUCACACACCCACUGUUGCCUGGGGCUGCAAUGGUGCAAAAACGUGGUUACAAAGCACAGAUCCACAUGGAAUUCUCAGGAUUUUUGCAUUGGGCUACCCCAAACUCACCGUCAAAUCACAUGUCUGUGGCCACAGCAUGAAGCACAAAAAUGAUACAUCCACUGUUUCUUUCAGAUUUUUUUUUUUCUUGUUUUCCUCCUCUAAAAACUAUGUGCGUGUUAUGGUCAGGUGCGUGUUAUAGAGUGAAAAAUACGGUAACUCUGUGACACCAGCCUUCUGAAUGUUGCCAGUAGGAUUCAUCUGUAGUUGCAGUUUCCAUGGAAUCCUAGAGUUGAAAGGGACCCCAAGGGUCAUCAAGCCCAACCCCCUGCAUUGCAGGAGUCUCAGCUAGAUCACCCAAGACAGAUGGCCAUCCAGACUAGGCUUCUUGUAUUUCUAUAUUCAUCAAUGAGUGCUAAAAUAGGCUUCUAAGCAGCGGACAGACGAGAACAAAUAGUGGCCAAGAUUCACCUAGCCAGCCCUAUCCGCUGCAAAAUGGGGCCUGCCCCCCACUCCUCCCCCUCUCCAUGCCCCCAUGAACCCCUUGAAUUUGGCUCUAGGGCAUUGGGAGGGAACCUCUCCAGAACAACUCACGAGGAGAGGAGAAAGUGGAUCCUUCCAUCGGGGAAACUGGGAUGCUUGCAUAGGCAGAAUAACGUAAACAUAAGCUGGAGUACCACCUAUUUGGACAAAGACGAAUACCCACAGUUAAAAUGCAGAAUAAAAGAAUUCAAUUAAACCGUUAAAAUAGGUACCCAUAAUUAAAAUGUGCAGCAAAGCAAUCCUAUUGAAAUAACACAGCAAUUAACAGGAAGAAAACCACAGAGCAUUGUGUAGCAGAUCAUAUUUCUGCUGUCUCAGAGGAGGACAUUUCCCUUUUUCUUUCAGGGUCCAGUGUGCUUUGAAGAUGUCACUGUUCGUUUCACGGACGAGGAGUGGGCGUUGCUGGAUCCUAACCAGAGAGCUCUGCAUAACGACGUCAUGGAGGAGAAUUGUGGGAUCGUGGCCUCUCUUGGUAAGGCUCCCUGUGGGAUCGUCCUAUCUGCCUGGAAAUUCAAAAAAUACCUCUAUGUGACAAACCUCAUAUAUUUUCACAGCGCCCAUUACAACACCUGGAACCUAACACCCCCACAUGAAAUAAUAAAUUACAGUUUUUUCUGUGAACAAUCUUCCUCCAGUUCUGCCUUUUUAUACCACAAUUGGGCUGGUCUGAACUGCCCAGGCCAUAUUAAAUGUCAGCUUCAGAGUUGUUAGAAAAGAUAUGUAGCUUCUGUCAGCUUUUCUGUUUUUGUUUUUGCUGCUGUCAGUCUUGGGUUGACCAAAGAGACAAAUGACAUUGGAGAUGGAGGGGAUGCCAGGACUGGGCCAAACAACAUCUGCCCCAGAGAAGAGCCAGGCUGAUUGAAUCUCAGGUAGUAGUAGCAGUGAUAAUAAUAGCAAUAAUAAUAAUUUUUAUUUAUACGCUGACCAUCUGGCCGGGUUGCUCCAGCCAAUCUGGGAAGCUUCCAACACAUAUACAGUCGUAUUUCUGGUUGCGAAUGGGAUCCGCUCCGGAGGUCCGGCCGGAUCCCGAGGAUUUCGCAACCCGAGGAUCACUGUUCUGCGCAUGCUCAUGGAUUUGUCGCUAUCAUAAUGUUGUUUAUAUAAUCAUAUAAUUAUAUUAUAUAUAAUUAUAUAAUUAUAUAAUAUAUAAGCUGAUGUUUAUAUAAUCCGAGGGUUACGUAACCCGAGGUGCUACUGUAUAAACAUGAAACAGUAAUAAUAGCAUCUAAUCCAAUGAAAAAAGUACAAAAAUUUUACAAAAAGUACAAAAAAUUUAAAAUGAGUUACUUACUUCAAACAAAGCAACAUUCAGCCAACGAUUAGAACCCAAUAAUAAAUACAUUGGUUUAUUACAAAUAGCAAAGGUAAUGAACACUGCCUUCUCUACAACAAAUUUAAUGAGCAUUAUUCCCUAACUGGGGGAUCCAUUUGUUCCUGAGGCUCUAAUCCCUUUUCUCUCCAUUGCAGAUUGUGACGAAUUGGAAAUCAAGAACAAAGGUGACCACAACACAAUCUGCAGAGUGGAGAAGGCAAAUAAAAAUUUGGAGUGUGGAAAGAGCUGCAGUCAGAGCUCCCAUUCCAGUUCCCAUCAACGAAAUCUCAUUGGAAAGAAACCCUAUCAGUGCAUUGAAUGUGGAAAGAGAGUCAGUAGCAGCUCCGAUCUCACUAAACAUCAAAGAAUUCAUACAGGGGAGAAACCCUAUCAGUGUGUGGAAUGUGGAAAGAGUUUCAGUAUGAGCUCCCAUCUCACUUCCCAUCAAAGAAUUCAUACAGGGGAGAAACCCUAUCAGUGUGUGGAAUGUGGAAAGAGCUUCAGGGACAGCUCCCAUCUCACUUCCCAUCAGAGAAUUCAUACAGGCGAGAAACCCUAUCAGUGCGUGGAAUGUGGAAAGACCUUCAGUACGAGUUCCCACAUCACUUCCCAUCAGAGAAUUCAUACAGGGGAGAAACCCUAUCAGUGCGUGGAAUGUGGAAAGAGCUUCAGGGACAGCUCCCAUCUCACUUCCCAUCAGAGAAUUCAUACAGGCGAGAAACCCUAUCAGUGCGUGGAAUGUGGAAAGACCUUCAGUACGAGUUCCCACAUCACUUCCCAUCAGAGAAUUCAUACAGGGGAGAAACCCUAUCAGUGUGUGGAAUGUGGAAAGAGCUUCAGGCAGAAAGCUCAGCUCAUAUCCCAUCAGAGAAUUCAUACAGGGGAGAAACCCUAUCAGUGCAUGGAAUGUGGAAAGAGCUUCAGUCAGAGCUCCCAUCUCACUUCCCAUCAGAGAAUUCAUACAGGGGAGAAACCCUUACAGUGCAUGGAAUGUGGAAAGACCUUCAGUACGAGUUCCCAUCUCACUUCCCAUCAGAGAAUUCAUACAGGGGAGAAACCCUAUCAGUGUGUGGAAUGUGGAAAGAGCUUUAGUAUGAGCUGCAAUCUCACUAAGCAUCAGAUAAUUCAUACAGGGGAGAAACCCUAUCACUGCAUGGAAUGUGGAAAGAGCUUCAGUCAGAGAGCACAUCUGAAUACCCAUCAAAGAAUUCAUACAGGGGAGAAAUAAUAUAAGUGCUUUGAAUGUGGAAAGAGCUUUAGUAGCAGCUCCAAACUCACUAAGCAUCAAAGAAUUCAUACAGGGGAGAAACCCUAUCAGUGUAUGGAAUGUGGAAAGAGCUUCAGGAAGACCUUCGGUCUCACAUCCCAUCAGAGAAUUCAUGCAACGGUUGGAAAAACCAUUUAAAAGCUUUAGGAGCCAGGCAAAUUCGCACCUUGUUAACCAGGCCUUUGCCUAAUUGACAUCUAAUGCCCUUUUAAAAUGUGGUAGUGAGGGGGGUUACAGAUGUGUAUUUUGUGUUUUUAUGUUGUCUUUUUAUGUUGUAACCGUCCUGAGACAUGUGGGAGCAGGAGUCAACUUUUAGAGGCUGAGGGGUUUUUGCCCCCCCAAUGAUAUAUUUGAGGGGGCCACCCCCCCCCCAGUUGAUAGGCAUUGCCAUUCCAAUGACCUGCAUGCAUCAUGUGAUUGAUUGUGCAAGGCAGGCCUUACCUGGCCCCUUCCACCAAUAUUUUAUUCAAGUUGGCACCACUGGGUUGGGUGGUAUACAAAUUAAAUAAUUACAUAAAUCACCUUCAAAAGCAAGUAAAGCCAGAGAAAUCCCCUUUUUUUGGAUGGAGUUACAAACUUUUUUGAUCAGUGGACUGCUGUAGAAAUAGUGCGUCUUGAUUUCAGUAAGGAUUUUGACAAAGCCCCCCGUGAUCUUUCUGUGAGAAAGCUGGUAAAAUGUGGGCUGAACGAGGAAACUGUUAGGCGGAUUUGACUGACCGAACCCAAAGAGGACUCCUUCAUGGUUCCUUAUUAUCCUGGGGUGCUGCAGGGUUCUGUCCUGGGCCCGUUGUUGUUCAGCAUCUUUAUAAAUGACUUGGAUGAAGGAACUGAGAGGAUGCUCAUCACAUUUGCAGAGGACACCAAACGGGGAGGGGAGGCCAACGUGGCAGAAGGCAGAAUCAGAUCAAGGGCAGGAAUAGUACCACUUUCUUCUGCCUUGGUCAGGCCCCACCUAGAAUACUGUGUUCAGUUCUGGGCAUCACAAUUUAAGUAUCCAAAAGGUGGGGGAACACAAUCCGUAUUCCUUUUAUAACAUGUGGCCAAUGUUUAUUGAAUACAUAAAUUGUGAAGACUGUUGCCGGAAUCUACCCAGCACUCGUGGGAAAAUGUGGCGUGAUCUUUUAGAAUAAUCAACUGAAACUUUAACACAUGGCACGAUGAAAGUCUGCAAUUCCAUGAGGAC